AUGGAUCAAAUACGACACAAAUAUCUGCAAUUGUUGUAUUCAAAGUAUUCUCGGUUCUUUGGAAUAAUGGCCAAUUUGGACGAUGCAAAGGUUCAGAAACGAUUAAGAUUACAAUUACUUGAAUGGCUUGGUGUUCUGGCUAUUUAUGGCUUCAAUAGCUCAUCAUAUGACAUUAACAUCAUCAAGAAAUACCCUCCACAAGUCUUGAAACACUCUAAAAAACAUGGAAAUGUAUCCAAAUGCGAAAAGCCUUGGAUUAAUUCAAUUGAAGGAGAACUAGGUCGUAAUAUUGAACAAAGCGAAAAGAUUGAACGAUACAAUGUUGAUGGCUACGAUGAAGAAUCAAACACAAUCUAUGACUUUUUGGGAUGCUUUUUCCACUGA